AUGAGGGUCCUUCGAAUGCCCCUACCCGUUAAACACGGUCCAUUUCAAAUUCAAACUCACCCAAGUUCCUACACUUCACACGCAUCUCCGAGAUUACCACUAUCUUUCGUUUCUUUCAAUCCUUCUACUAAUCCUGCAAACAACAAUGACAACUUGAUUCAAUCAUUAUGUAAACAAGGCUAUCUGAAACAAGCUGUUAAGGCUUUGUAUAGCGACCCCAACCCCACUCAGAAGACUUUCGAGCUUUUGAUAUAUUCUUGUGUAGAAGAGAAUUCUCUUUCGGCCGCCCUUCAUGUUCAUCGAAAACUUGUUCUUUCUGGUUUCGGCCAAGACCCGUUUUUGGCAACUAAGCUUAUUAACAUGUAUUGUGAUUUGGGCUCUGUUGAUCAUGCUUGUAAGGUGUUUGAUGAAACGCGGGAGAGAACUAUCUUUGUUUGGAAUGCGGUGUUGAGAGCAUUGGCGAAGGCGGGCCGUGGGGAGAAGUUGUUGGAGUUGUAUUGUCGGAUGAAUUGGGUUGGGGUGAAGUCUAAUAGGUUUACGUAUACGUUUGUUCUUAAAGGUUGUGUUGUUUCGGAGAUGUCAAUUUGUCCUCUUAAGAAGGGUAAGGAGAUUCAUGCUCAUAUUCUGCGACAUGGGUUUGAAGGGUGUGUUCAUGUUAUGACAACUUUGUUGGAUGUGUAUGCUAAAUUUGGUUGUGUGUCAUAUGCGAGUUCAGUGUUUGGAGCUAUGCCCACGAAGAACAUUGUAUCAUGGAGUGCGAUGAUUGCUUGUUAUGCGAAGAAUGAAAUGCCUGUGAAAGCGUUGGAACUGUUUCAGGUAAUGAUGCUUGAGGCGUGUGAUUCAGUUCCGAAUCCUGUUACGAUGGUGAGUGUGCUUCAAGCUUGUGCGAGUCUUGCUGCAUUGGAAAAUGGAAAGUUGGUUCAUGGAUAUGUCCUACGAAGGGGUCUUGAUUCUAUACUUCCGGUUCUUAACACGCUUAUAACAAUGUAUGGAAGAUGUGGUGAGAUUCCGACGGGACAACGAGUGUUUGAUUAUAUGAAGAAACGCGAUGUUGUUUCGUGGAAUUCCUUGAUUUCUAUUUAUGGUAUGCAUGGUUUUGGAAAGAAAGCCAUCGGAAUUUUUGAGAAUAUGAUCCACCAAGGAGUUUUGCCGAGCUACAUAUCGUUUAUUACUGUGUUGUGUGCUUGCAGCCACGCAGGCCUUGUCGAAGAGGGGAAGAUUUUGUUUGAAUCUAUGCUUAAUAAGUAUAGAAUACGUCCAAGUAUGGAACAUUAUGCUUGUAUAGUGGAUCUUCUUGGCCGAGCUAAUAGGUUAGACGAAGCAAUCAAACUAAUCGAAAGUAUGGAUUUCAAACCAGGACGUACGGUUUGGGGUUCCCUACUUGGAGCUUGUAGGAUUCAAUGUAACGUCGAGCUCGCCGAGAGAGCGAGCUCUAUGCUUUUUGAGUUGGAGCCUAAUAAUGCCGGCAAUUACGUGCUUUUAUCAGAUAUUUACGCGAAAUCUAGGAUGUGGAAUGACGUUAGGCGUGUAAGGAAACAAUUGGAAUCUCGCGGCCUGCAAAAGAUUCCGAGUUACAGCAGGAUUGAAGUCAAAAGAAAGAUAUACUCGCUUGUCUCCGUCGAAGAGUACAACCCGCAAAUUGAAGAGCUUCGUGCUUUCCUAACUACACUGUUAACCGAGAUCAAGAAUCAGGGUUACGUCCCGCAGACAAAUGUUGUUAUUUACGAUCUUGACGAAGAAGAGAAAGAAGUAAUUUUAUUGGGACAUAGCGGAAAGCUUGCGGUUGCUUUUGGACUCAUUAAUUCUUCAAAAGGCGAAACCAUUAGGAUUACAAACAACUUGAGAUUGUGUGAAGACUGUCAUGGUUUUAUGAAGUUUGUUUCGAAAUUUGUUAACAGAGAGAUUUUUCUUAGAGAUGUGAAUAGGUUCCACUGUUUUAGAGAUGGAGUUUGUUCCUGUGGUGAUUAUUGGUAG